AUGAUGGGCUCUGCUGCCAAGUGUUUCAGAGUACUGAGAAUCCGCCGGGGUUUCCCUUUACUUAGACCUCCUCCACCACCACCGGCUCCGCCACGUGGGUUCCGACUGUUUUCUGAGAGCAUCAAGCCUGAAAGAAGUUCCGCGGCCAGCUCAGUAACCCAACAAAUGAUAGAUUAUGCGUUUUCUCUAUCCCGUUCCCAAAAAUCGGAUGAAUCUUUUUCUCAGAGUAUGCUGGUGUUGGAGCAGUGCCGCUCCAACCAAUCAGAUGAAGAUUCAAAAGGAAUGGUUUUGUUAGCAAUGGCAACCAUUUUAUACGAGAGAGGAGACUUUACAGGAGCCAUUGAGAAGCUUCAGAGCAUUGAAGAUUUGGGCUCUUCUUCCUCGUCUCUUGCUAUUAGAGUUGCUGCUGUUGAGGCAUUGGUUGGAAUGCACUUGGAAAUGGAUCAGGCAAUGAAGUCUACAAAAGUUGAUACUUCUUCAGUUCUGACAAAUACAUGUUACAACCUGUUAGACACAAUCAAACCAGAUAUUGAUGGUGCGAGUGGAUUUGAUUAUCUAGAAGCUCGGGCAAAGGCUUUGAAAGGACUUUUCGAACUUCUGAUGGGUAGUAUUGAAACAGCGGAGUCCUUUUUGUCUGUGCCCCAGAAAGGUGAAACUUGCACCGGCAAUGUUGCUCUCUCUUAUGGUGAAUAUGUUCACGGCAUGCGGAAGUUUCCACUUGCGCAGGAAUUAUAUCAGAAUGUAAUUCAGCAGUUGUCUGCGGAAAAUUCCAAUAACCCACAUGAGUUUGGAGCUUGUAACAUGGCCAAAGAUGAGGUUUUGUUAGCAGCUACCUGUGCAUUAGGACAGCUUGAGGCUCAUCUGGGGAAUCUUGGCGACUCCGAGGAGAUUCUAACAAGAGCACUGAAGAGAGCUGAAGAACACUUUGGGUCCAAUCAUCCCAAGGUUGGUGUUAUUUUAACUUGCAUAGCUCUCAUGUACCGGCUGAAAGCCACAGCAGAGGGCUCAAGUUCUCUUCUAGUUCAAGAGGGACUUUAUCGGAAGGCAAUUGAAUUGCUGAAAGCGCCACCACUAGAAACCGAAGGUGCUGAAGUAACGGUUUAUAGAAGGGAGAUAGUGGCUCUUGCCAGAGGUGGUUAUGCAGAAAUACUUUGCCUACAACAGAAUAGAAAAGCUGAAGGAGAGAGAAUGCGACGAUGGGCAGAAGCUACAUGGAAGAAUCGCCGGCUUUCCCUUGCAGAGGCACUGGAUAUAUCUGAGGAUUCUACUAAAGUGCCUAUAAUAGAGACUAGAAUAUGCAGGUGCCUCUGA